GAGAGGAUAAUCGUGGCAGAGGAUAGUAUCUUUAGCGCAGUAGGACAUAACCUGACACAGAUACAACAGGGAUGCUCAUAAUGCCAUCAUCACAAACUUUUCUGUCUCUCUUCUGUAACACAUAACUGUCCAACUCUGAUGUCUGAGAUGAUAUGUGAGCAAGAGAGUCAAGCCAUGCAGCUGAAUGAGACUGGAGUUCAAACACUGGCUCCAGAGCCAUGUGAGCAGCAGAUACUACAGGAAGACAUCACUGGAAACUGUAGCGGAGGUUCCACCAGCAAUCUGUCGCUGCACUGCUGGCUGCAGCUCCUCACCAAGGAAUCUAUCAUGGAAAUCCAAGGAGACAGCUCCAGUUUGGUGGUGCGUGUGAUGAUAGCUUGUGUCUACUCCAUAGUCUGUGCACUUGGGCUAGUGGGAAACUCACUGGCUCUGUAUCUGCUGCACUCACGUUACAGGCAGAAGCAGUCAUCCAUCAACUGCUUUGUGAUGGGACUGGCCAUCACAGACCUCCAGUUUGUUCUGACUUUACCUUUCUGGGCAGUGGACACGGCCCUGGACUUCCGCUGGCCAUUUGGCCGCGUGAUGUGCAAAAUCAUCAGCUCCGUCACCACCAUGAACAUGUACGCCAGUGUAUACUUCCUCACAGCUAUGAGCAUGGCACGUUAUUACUCUAUCUGCACUGCUCUGAAGAUGCACAGCCGGCGGGCAGCAGCCACGAGAGCCAAGUGGACGAGCUUGGGCAUCUGGGCUGUGUCUCUGCUGGCCACUCUGCCUCAUGCCAUCUACUCCACCAGCGUCCAGGUGUCGGAUGAGGAGCUCUGCCUGGUGCGCUUCCCAGACUCAGGCACCUGGGAUCCACAGCUUCUUUUGGGUCUCUACCAACUGCAAAAGGUCCUCCUGGGCUUCCUCAUUCCUCUCAUCAUAAUCACCGUCUGCUACCUGCUGCUCAUGCGCAUCAUCCUCAGCCGACGCAUCGCAGGCGCAGGGGGCCCAGAGGUGGAGCAGGGCCGGCAGAGACGUCGCUCCAAAGUGACCAAAUCCAUUGUCAUCGUGGUUCUGUCCUUCUUUCUGUGCUGGCUUCCCAACCAGGCGCUGACACUGUGGGGAGUGCUCAUAAAGUUUGACCUUGUGCCCUUCAGCAAGGCCUUCUAUAAUGCACAGGCCUACGCCUUCCCCUUGACUGUGUGUCUGGCACACACCAACAGCUGCCUCAACCCCGUGCUCUACUGCCUAGUUCGCCGGGAGUUUCGGGCAGGUCUCAAGGAGCUUCUCCUGCACGCCACGCCCUCCUUCAGGAGCCUGACUCAUCUGCUGCGUCGUAAGGCCAAAGUGGCUGAAGCACCGCCGGUUCUGGUGCUCGUCCAAAUGGAUGUCUGAGGCUUACUGUGACGGAGGAGUUGAAGGAGUGAAUGACUAACUCACAAAGAGUAGUACCAUUGAUCUGGAGUUGUUUACCAUGACGGUGCAUCCUUCUCAAACCUGUCAACAUGUCUUUUUGGGGUUUUGAAAACAACAAAAUCAUAAUGGACUACCCAGUGGGAUGUGCCCCACUUUCACUGCGUGCUCCAAGAUUCACUCCGCACACAUUUCUACUUGUUAUACAAUGACUCUCUCUAUCUCGCCAUGCAGUAUGUCUCUGUUUCUCUCACUCAGCCUCUGACAGGCGAUACCUGUGCUGCUCUCGGGUAAUUUGCCAUGUGUGUAGAUGUCACUCAUUAUUAAGAUUUGAAUAGCUGCAGCACUCAGACACCUGUC